AUGAUUGAAAAGGAACGAAAGCGUCGAGAACAUAGAAAAUGUAGACAAGAAAACUGUGAUGUUGAAGAAAAACGCAAGCAAAAACUAAAUGUUGCCCUUGAACACAUACAAACACGCAUACAUCUGAUAUCUGAAAUACCCUUCCGCUAUACUGAUCCUCAUUUUUACUUCCAUUAUUCAGUUUCUGUAUCUGCAGGUCCCUCAACACCUAGCGGCCCGGGUGGUGGUGAAGCGACGGUAAUCCAUAGUGAAGUGAUAGUAACAGGAACUCAUCAGCAGCAACCACAACCGCCAAUAGACGAUCAGCCCUGUGAUCUGAGAUUACUGACACCUAAUUAUCUGCGCGAAUUUGCUGCCGAAUCAUCGGCACAGCAACGAGAUUUGAUUGCGGCAGCGGCUGCUGCAGCUGCAGCAGUAGCCAAUGCUGGCGGUACUAGCAGUAGUCCCCUGCCUGUACCCAUUUUCAAAGUUGAUCGUGACGAGGCUGCUGAAUCCUCUUAUGACGGUGACUCGUUGGUUACUGCAAUGUACAAUGUGAAUAGCCGAGAUGAUACAUCGAUAUCACUUGUGAUAGGAUGCCCUGAUGCCGCUGGUUUCUUCCAUUGUCCGAAUGGUACCUGUGAUCGAAAAUACAAAAUAAAAUAUUCUUUGAUUCGCCACCUACGCAAUGAGUGCAUUGAUAAUCGACGUUUUCCGUGUCCAUUUUGUAAAAAAAAGUUUUCAUAUUCUUUCAUAUUGAAUAGGCACAUCCUGAAGGUACAUAAGACCUUGCAUUGUUAGUAUAAAAGUGAAUCUGUGAAGACAUCGUGUCCCUUUACAUUCCAAAUAGUUUGCUUCCCUACCAUUGAUCCAAAUAUUCAGAUAUUUUGUUUAGCAGCUACCCUAGAUUGACAAAGCCAAAUUUAUAGGUUCUAUCUGUCUACCUUUAGAUUUGUGUAAGAAAUAAAUGAAUAUAUGGAUACUACAUUCAUAUAGAAGAUCAUCGAAUAUGAA